AUGCGCCUCUUGUUCGCCACGACGCUACUAGCGCUUUCCAGCGCUGCCUCUGCCGCCAAACAAUGGGGCUUUGCAGACGGCUCCGUGACUUUCGCUGCCAAGGGCGGCGAGCCCGUCACUGAAAAGUUUACUCUAAAAGCCCGAGCCAAGAACCAGGUCGACCUGGGCCACACCAGUACCCUGAAGCUGUCCCUCACGGCGGAAGAGGGCGGCACGGCGAAGCGCCCGCAUCAGGCCUUCCUCGUCCUCCGCGAAACAACUUCUGGGCUCGAGGCGCCGUUCCCCCUCACGAUCAAGGAAUCAGGCAAGGGCAGCGUGAAGCUGACGCAAAAGGACCUCCCCGUCCAACUCCUCAACUCGGCCGCGCCUCUAGAAGCCAAGGUUGUUCUGGGCUCCUUUGGCGCGUCCAAGGCCAUUGUGGCAUCGGUGUUUGACAUUAAUGUUGUGCGCGACCCCAGCAGCGUCAACACCUACGAGGCGCCUCUGCGAUACGGCAAGCGUCCUGAGAUCCACCACAUCUUCCGCGGCGACCCCAAGAACCCGCCCAAGAUUGUCUCGCUCGCCUUUGCGGCUGCUGUUUUGGCAGCCAUCCCAAUCUUGUUCAUCAGCUGGCUUGUCCUCGGUGCCAACCUCAACCAUGCUGGCAAGGCGCUCAGCGCGGCACCCGUCUCGCACGCCGUCUUCUACGGCUCCAUUGUGGCGAUGGAGGGCGUGUUCUUCUUGUACUACAGCAGCUGGAACCUUUUCCAGACCCUGCCGGCCAUUGCCAUCGUGGGCGUGGUCGCGUUCCUGAGCGGCAACAGCGCGCUGGGCGAGGUGCAGCAGCGCCGUCUAGCAGGCGAAAGAUGA